AUACAAAACGAGCCAUCUUAAACCUCGUGCUCGAAUAUCGACCACGGUACUAAUCAGUUACUCGGAUGGCAUCUACUGUACAUAGGUUGGAUUGUGGAACAGAUUCGACAAGGUUUGGGCGAGGCAGCCCGGAAACUAGCGCAGAUCCUGCUUCAAAAUGUGGUUGACACUUAUCGGCGAGAGAACCAAGCGUAAGAAGCACUCACGUUUGGGCUCGUUGCCGAAGCCGGCAGAUCUUGCUUGUAUUGUAGGAGGUCGAUUUGAUUUCAGAAUUUGUCAAAGUUUCGAAGAUAUCAAGUACAUUGCCUUGAAGCCUCCCAAGUCUACCAAGGAAAUGAUCGAAUUGGGCGAGUUCAUGCUUACCGUCAAGAAUAAGAAGAUGAUCAGCCUCGAGGAGGACAUUGAGAACUCUAAAAAACAUCUUCUAUAUUUGAUUGACGUACAUAUCUUUUCCAAGGAAGAUAUUCAAUUGAAUACUCGAACUCUCUCUUGGAUGCAUAACAUUCGUCCGGUGUUCGAGCAAAACACCGAAAUCGUCGAGGAUUGCAAGGCCAAAUUUGAGGACGAACUUCAACGCAGAUCCGAAUGGAUUGCCAGGGAGGUACAUAAACUCACGGGACGUGUCCAGGAACUGGAGGAACUUGGUGAGCUCGAGUCCAUUCACCAGUACUCUCAAGAAGUUCGAGCCAUUGAAGGCAAAUUGAAGCAACUAGAAGAUACUGUGUGCUGGGUCAACGAAGAAGAGGCACUCUUCAAGUUUCCACAAUCAACCUAUCAUGACUUGGGAGACGCCCACAGCAUGGAGGCUGGCGAUGGAAAGAUGAGACAAAACAUCAGUCCGUAUGCCAGACUUUUUGGAACGGUUCUCCAAUGGCAAAAGGCUCAAAAGAAGUGGACUGACGGAUCCUUUUUGGAAUUGAACGCUCAAAGCAUUGACGACAAAACGCAAGAGUUUCAAGGUGAAAUGGACGAUCUGCAAAAGCUGUUCAAGUCCAAGUUCAAACAGCAAGCCUUGGACGGAGAUUCCAAGUAUGGGAAAAUGAAUUUGGAAGAUUCUAAUCCCAUGAAUUUGCCUCCGCCCCUGCGAAUUUGCGCUCUCACCAAUAUGCAAAUUAAAGAGUUCAGGAAAAACAUCCCCCUCAUUCGUUGCCUGUGCAAUCCCGGGAUUCGCAAACGCCAUUGGCUUCAAAUGAGCGACAUUAUUGGUUUCGAUAUCACCCCCAACACGGGCAGCUCUUUGAGAAAGGUUCUCCGCUGGAAUUUGGACCCAUUCAUGGAGAAAUUGGACUUGAUCAGUGUGGCUGCGUGUCGAGAACACGCCCUCGAGCUCUCACUUAAAACAAUGAAGGAGGAAUGGUCGGCAAUGUCAUUUCCUCUCAAGUCCAAAGCAACAGAGGACCAUAUGGAGGGAAUUCAACAGUGUUUGGAUGAUCAUCAGAUAGUCACUCAAAGUAUGAAAGGAUCUCCUUACUUCAAAGCAUUCGAAGACGAAGUUUGCAAUUGGGAAUCUCAGCUGGAACGAAUUCAAGUGUUUCUAAAAGAAUGGUCUUCCCUACAGAGUGGAUGGGCUCUGUUCUCGGAUUUUUUUGCCAUCCCCGGCAUCGAGAGCCUAGUCCCAGAAGAGGCUCAAAGGUUCCAGGAUGUGAAUAACCACGUCCAAACUAUGACGCAUUUCCUUACAAGCCACUCUAAUGUGAUUGAAAUCACAGAAACUGAGGGUGUUCUCGACCAACUGGUCGAAGCCAACGACUUAUUGGAUCAGGUUCGACAAGGCAUUCAGUCUUUCGGUGCGGAGAAGCAGAAGACCUUUGCCAGGUUUGGCUUGUUAGCCCCCCAUCAAACUCUUUUGCUCACUUGCAAUGUGUCGCGGGCUUUGACCGAGUCUCAAAAGGUGGUGUCCAUCCUCUUUCCCGGGGUUUAUGCUCUCGUUGAAAACGAAGAGAACAUCAUCUUUGGCGUGAGGAGCUCGGCGGGUGAAAGCCUCACCUUGACCACUCCAUUGGAUUUAGCGGCCUAUCCAGGACGAAUUGACCAGUUCUGGUCGCACUUGGAGCGCAUCCUUCGCGUGACAAGUAAGAAUUCGAUCCUGAAAUGUUUGGAUCUGAUGUGGUCGAGUGUCCCAGCCGACUACUUGGGCUCCUUUCCAUGCCAAUCUGUCAUCAUGGCCAAUGCCAUUAAGCGAACGGCCGAGGUCAGCGAGAGUAUCAAGGGAGGCCAAGAGACUCUCCGAGCUUUGAAGCAUCAGAUCAGCGAGGAGGUUGAUGGCCUAGCCCAGGCCCUUCAAAGUUCGAAUCUUGUCCAUUCCCAUAGGGUCAACGCCCAGUCGAUGCUGGUACAAAACAUGUCUUGGAACACGUCCGUUAUUGAGCUCGAAAGUCACAAUGCCAGAGGCGAGAAUGACUUCCAGUGGCGAACCAAGAUCAGGCACUAUUACUCGGAUGACUCCCUAUGGAUGGAGCUUUUGAACGAGAAACUCACCUACUGCUUCGAAUUCUUGGGCGACUUGGUCUUCCCACUCACUUCGGAGGCCUUCCAUCGUUCCACAUUUUCUCUGCUCUAUUUCUUCAACCACAAGAGUAGUCCCCUGGUUGGGGGCCAGCCCGCCGUGGGCAAGACCACACUCAUCCGCCAUGCAGCUGCUCUUUUGGGUCAGCCUUUGUUUAUUCGAACUAUGACCCGGGAGACAGGGUUACACAUGUUGCAGACGUAUCUAGACGUGGCCAUUGCAGUGGGGGUUUGGUUCUGCUUCAAAUCCGUGGACAGGGUAGGGAUGGACGUGCUGUCAACUUUGACCAGGGAUCUGAUGCAUCUGGAGUCCAAUCAUCGAUACAAGGAGAGCAAUGCCUUUUUCACAUUCACAAGCAAUCUGACUGGGUUGAAUGGACAAUAUAUGCCACAGACAUUUAGGCGUCUCAUCCGACCUCUUUGCGUGGUCCAACCCGAAUUCGAUGUCAUGAUCCGUCAGUUCAUCUUGGGCUUAGGUCUGCAAGUGCCAACUUUGAGAAAAUCUGACCAACGCCUGACCCAUCAAAUUGUAUCGCUAUUAAAUGCCGUGAACUCUAUGCGAUACCCUGGCACUGUUCUCAAUUAUGAUUUGAAAAAUUUGAAGAAAACGCUCUCACUGUGGAAAUCCUCGGGAUCUGAGUCGUCCCAAGAUUUGGCAGCUAUUUUCUUUCGGUAUUCAAGAUUCACGUGCAGUUUGGAUCAAGAGCGGGCUUUACUUUUCACGAUCCAGAAUAUCUUUGAUUGGUCAUCACCCGAGACGUGUCGGAGUCAUGUGAUGAGAUCUGAUGUCUCGGAAAGGAUCAUUGAACUGGCCAAAAAGCUUGGGUUGACCUUAAAAGAAAGUGUGCUCGGAAAAAUCGAGAUCAUCAUGGAAAUGUUGCAGAGCAAUCGGGCAAUCAUCCUGAGUGGGCCUUCCAUGACUUGUAAAAGUCUCAUCCUUGAGCUGGCUUGUAAGUUAUCGAAUAUUUCGGAAGUAGAGCACGUCUAUCCGAAUUGCUUCAGUAACGAUUAUCUCUUUGGGCAUUAUGACAACAUGAACAUCUGGCACGAGGGCUAUCUACCAAAGAUACUCAAGACCUCAAAAGACAAGAGUAUGGUGGUUUUCCACGGUCCAUUGCAAUCGUUUUGGACGGAUCAUGUUGAACAGCUCCUGGAGGAACGUCAGCUCACCUUGCUCAACGGGGAACAACUCAUUCUAGACGUGGGCAUUCGAGUAGCCUUUGAAACGACAUCAAUGGUGGACUGUCCGCCCUCCUUGCUGAAUCGUUGUUUCUUGGUCCGGGCUCAGCGCCAGGAUUCAUCUUGGCAAAUGUUGUUUCAACAGUGGUUCCAAGAAAAGCACCUGGAGGCCUCAUCCGAGCAAAAGUGGCGACAAGACAAUGACGAAACCAUUCAGGACCUGUUUGAUUGGUUAUUGCCUUUCGUAACUCGAUUCAUGAAUACUCACCUAAAGGACCUUCCCUGCGUCAAUCUUUCACUCUUCCGGCAAUGCUUGCAAAUAUUUCGUCGAUCCCUGAAUCUGGCCAUGGCUCACUUGAAGGAACGGAAAUACCUGAAAACUUGGGUUCAAGCCUCCUUGGUUUUUGCCUUGACCUGGUCGUUCGGCAAUGUCUUGGACCCUGAGGCUCGCUUGAAGUUUGAUUCUGCCCUGCGUGAUGUGAUCAAUGGAAAAAAUGCCGCUCACCCCUUGCCCGCCAUCUUGAACAACAAAUUCGAUGCCAUUCCCCCAAAUGAGGGAUCGCUCUUUGAUUUCUGUUUUGAGUACAAGGCUCGCGGUCAGUGGAAACAUUGGAGUGAUUCCUUGCGGAACUUGGACGUGGUUCAGUUCAUCGAUACCAAAGGUUUAUUCAUCCCCACAAUUGAAUCCGUUAGGUUGCAGUGUCUUCACCAACUUACCAAUGACACAUCCAUGCCAUUUCUUUUGUUGGGAGCCAGCGGCAUUGGUAAAUCAAGCGUGAUGCAGGCCAAACUGCAAGGCAUCGCCAUGGACACGGGGUCAUCCGUGUACUCUUUUCGAGUGGUGACAAAUUCCACGUCCAUGGAGUUGGUGGUGAGCCGAUUCGUUGCAAUAGCGACUUUCAAACCUCACUUAACCUCUGUUUCGUUUAAAUUCACGCAGAAUUGGUUGUCUUCACGCCUGAUCAAGCGGUACAAGAAUCGUUACGUACCGGAAAAGGAGGGUGGGGUUGUGUUCAUUGACGAUAUGACCUCGUGUCAAGAAUACAGACAAUUUAAUGAACAGCUCAUCCAAAUCCAAGAUCAAAGCUCUUGGGUCGAUUUUAUAUCAUUGGAGAAGUGUUCCCUGGAAUCGAGCAAAUUCAUGGCUUGCGCCUUGUUUGAUCACGACCAGCCCACCCACGAAUCAAGACUGAAUGCCCGACUUCUGAGUCGUUUCCAUCUGUUCCGUAUGCAAGAGCUCUCGAUGGAUAGCUUAAACAGAGUUUUUAGCCAAUUCCUUCACAACAAAUUCAAGGACAACCAAUUCUCGCCUGAGAUCAGCAGUGUGAUCCCUGGUCUCGUUCAGAGCACUCUCCGAGUGUACGAAUCAUGCCGUCAAGAUUUGGACCAAGGUUCACAUUCGAACUUGAGCAGGUUGAGAUUGCCUCCGCCCCAUUUACGAGAGCUCUUCCGGCUUUCGCAAAAUGUUUCCUACUUGAGUAAGGAACUGGCUGAGAACAAAAAGAUAUUCACCCGGCUUUGGGUGUUCGAGACCCUGCGACAUUUCUAUGAUCGCCUCCAAGAGCCGCAGGCCCGGACAUCGCUCAUCCAAGAAAUACGCAAUUGCGUCAAGACUAUAUUCAGAGAGAACUUCGAUUCGGCCUUUGAGCACUUGGGCAAAGUUAAUGGCAAGGUAACCGAGGUCAAUUUGAGAAAUCUCGUGUUCGAUCGCUUUCAAUCGGUAGAGACGAGGACGACCUCGGGGGACGAGGACAAUCAAUCUAAAGAGAGCCAAGGAAACGAUUCUCAUGAGGUUGAGACCGAGUUUGGGGUGAAAGAGAUGCCGUUAUCGGAAAUCGAGAAUCUAACGCAAUCCAAAUUGAAGAUUUAUAACGAAAAUGUCGCAAAAAUAAACGGUGGGAAAGUGGUGAACCUUUUGCCGGUCCGUUAUUUGUACGAAAUGGUGGCUACCUUGCAUCACGUUCUCCGAAUUCCUGGAGGAAAUGCCCUCCUUUUGGGCAAUGGGGGCGAAGACCGCCAAGUGCUCACCCGAAUUAGCACUAUUCUGGCCGGCCAGGCAUCCUUUCUCGUGGUCAAGACCUCGCCAAGAUAUGGCAUUGACGAAUGGCGAAAAGACAUCGGUGAAGCCCUUAAAAACGUGGCCAAAUAUGAACAUGACUUGGUGAUCUUUGCCACACUCGCUCAACUCCAGGCUCAACCGUUUUGCUUAUCCGACUUGGAAAGUCUACUGAAACGAGGGGAAAUCUUCAACAUAUUUUCCCCGGAAGAAAAUAAUGAAAUAAACGAGAUUAUGCACCAUCGCCUGAUGAACAAUGCUCGAGGGCGCAACGUACUGGAAGUAACGCCCAGUGCGUUAUUCGACAACUUCAUUGCCUUAUGCCAAUCUUGCGUCCACGUGUUCGUGUCAGUCAACGAGUACGAUCAAGAGGCCGGCCUCUGGUUCCGAAAUUGUCCCUCGGUUGUGAGACUGAUGAUCCCAAUUAUCUGUCAGCCCUGGCCGGAGGAUGCAAUGCUCAGAGCGUGUGACGUAAUCCUAGAACAAACCAAUUUAGAGAGGGACAGGAAAAGAACCAUAUACCCGGGCUUCAAAGCCAUUCACGACCAUUUUGGGCUGAUGGUACAAAACCAAAGCUUGGGGAAAAGUCCUGGCCUCACCACUAGUCCCAAACUUUUUGUACGAUGUUUGCAACUGUUUGCCAAUAAAUUGGAGAGUCUUUCCGCCGAAGCCACUCAAAAGGAACAUUCUCAUAAGCAAGCGCAAAAGAAAUACGACCAAAUAGGAAAACAGUGCCAAGCUAUGAGUGAUGAAAUAAAAAUCCUAGGAGAGUCUUUGAGGGAGCUUGAAUCCAAAUUGGCAGAAUUCAACCAGAAACGGCAAGAGGCCAAUAAUCUGCUGGAAGAAUAUAAUGGUAAAUUGGUACUUGCUAAACAAAAGGAAAACCACUUGACGAACGAACGAGAGCGGCUUCGGGUCACAUAUCAGGAAGCGGUUCUUCCCCUUGAGUUUAAUCUCCAAGAGAAAAAAAAGAAAGUGUCCUUACUCAAAGUGACUGAAUUAUCGAACGUGGCCAAAGGCCUCCGCACUCCGAAUGAACCCCUCAAAUUGUUGGCCUCAGCCCUGUGCAUUCUUUUCGAUGAUCAACCCAAUGCUUACGCAGCCAAAGAUGGCAAUAUCUUGCACCGGAAAGUUAAAGAUGCCCGAGAACAAACCAAACCAGAUGUUAAGCAGGCAAGUUUUGCACUGUACUAUCUUUGCCUAUCAAUUAAACUUGAUAAUUUUGAGGCUGACCCUUGGACGGUGGGCAAGAAGAUCUUGUCGGAUUUGUCUCUAAUCGACAAGCUUACCUCUCAUGUUGAUAUGGAAACUCAUUCCGUUCAAAUUGAAUUGGUUGCCAACCUAAUCUUAUCCGACCCAUCUUGGGAUCCCACCUCCUUUGCCAAGGGCCCCUUUUAUAGUGGAGAGCCCAUAGCAUUAUUGAUGGAAGCUUGGUGCAAACUUUAUCGAAGGCAACAAGAAAUCAAGCCACAAUUGGAUACUAUGGAUCAACUCGAGUUGGACAUUCAGACAGCUCACAACGUGUUCUUGGAUUUGCGGGAACAAUGUGGUAUCAUUCAAGACCAACUGGUGGCUUUGGAAAAAGAUAUUGAUCAACUGGAAGAAAACACCCUGAUAAAGAAGAAAGACCAAGAUCAAUGGAAAACCAAGCAUGAUAGAGCAGUCCAACUUUGUGGAUCAUGGUCUGCCAUUCAAGAGGUCUUUAAUGAAAAUUUGAACACUUCUCAGCAUCAAGUGGCACAUUUGGUGGCUGCCUCCAUGAUAUUCGCCUCUUCGCUGACAUAUUGCAUCACUCUCUCAGGCGACAUAAGGGAGGACCUUCGCUUCAAAAUUCGAGAAACGGCCAGUAAAUUGGCACCUGACAUAUUGGAUCCGUUUCGCGAUUACUUGCCUCAGUCCAAGGAAGAAUGCAAAUUCGUCUACGAAUACCAUGGGCUUGUGGAAGACUUGGCUUUCCGCGAAAACAUUACCAGCGUUCGCCAAUCUGCUAGAUGGAGUUGGAUAGAGGAUCCUCAUAAGACGUGCUUAGGCUGGAUUCGUGCUCAGUCAAUCAACCACAAGGAACCUGUUAUCCGAAGUCACGCUGCCUUGGUCCAAGAAAGCUAUGUCUCUUUGCUACAGGCGCUCAGGUCUGGGAGACCGCUCAUUGUACUAGACAUGAAUUCGCCCGAUUCCAUCUUGGAAGACGUGAUUGGACUGAAAAAGCGUGAUCCAUCGGCCGUGAACAACGAGGCAACCCAAAUCCAGCUACUUGGCCAGUCCUCUCCCGUCCACGAGGAAUUUCGUUUGUAUCUGAUUUGCCCACUUCGAUCUCCGUCUUCGCCGCUCAAACUCAGCAGUGUGCUUCAAAAUAUUUGCCAAUACACCAAUUUCGCUUUGACGCGUUUUUCUCUGCAGAGACAUUUUCUGGGCGCCAUUGUGACCAAAGAAUGCAAAGAGUUGCAGGAAAAAGUCUUGCACAAUGAAUUGCUAUUCUAUGAGUCCAACAAAGAUGCCACACGCCGUAAGAACGACAUAUUUGCAAUACUAGAAGAAGUGGAUAGCAAGUUAGUGGAAGACUCGCUUACGUGCUCCAAAUUAGUGGGCCUGUUCCAAGAGACUCAGGCUUCUCUGGACACGGCGCAGAAGGCCCAGCACGUGCGAGAAGAUUGCAUACAAAUGAUCGAGGCCUUCAGCCCGUUGGCUCAGCGAGUCUCCACACUUUUUCAAGCCAUUUCCAGACUCUCGUGUUUGGAUCCUAAUUAUGUGUAUGGCAAAUCUUGGCUUCUAGAUAUUUUGUCGCAUUCGAUUGUCAGUAGCAAUAAGUCGAAUAAUCUCAAACGACGGAUUUCGUUCAUUCGAGAUCAUUUUACGUUCAGUGUGUUUUCACGAGCCUCGUUUGCGAUCUCAUCGGAACAUCGCCUGGUUUUGGCAUUCUUUAUUGCUUGCCAUAUGCUCAUUGAAAAAGGUUCCCUUAUUUGGACGGAGAUGGAACUAUUUGCGCAUUUUUGGGCCUCGAUCAAAGAAGAAUUCCAUUUAAAGCGAAAUCUUCAUAGCCAGAAGUUGCGGAAGUUCCUUCAAUGUUAUGAGGACACAACCCAACAAGUCAAAGGAAUCCUUCAAGAUAUUGAGAAGCCGUCCAGUCCGUGGAAACUUUUCAUUGAUGCCAAAGAACCGGAUAAUCUUCCCCUGCCUGAGCCUUGGUAUUCCCGUUUGAACAAAUUCCAUCGCUUGUUGAUAAUUGGUUCGCUCAGACCGGACAAGAUUUUAGAAUUGGCGGAAAGCUUUGUCAAUGACAUCAUUGGCUACAUGUUCCUGCAAAUCAAGCCUUUGGAUCUAAAGAAAGUCCUUUCGGAUUUGAAGCCCACCAACCCAGCCGUGUUUUUUUCCAACCCUUCAUCCUCGAAUAGUCUGGCUAAUUUCGAACUUUUGGAAGCGGGGCAAGGAGGAACAACAGAUGGGAACAGAUAUUACGUCAGUUCGGAAUCACAAAUUCGAAACCUUUUAAGGUUUGCUCAGAACAAAGAGAAAAACGACUCGUUUAUCAUGGUCUUAGAAAAUGCAUCGGAUACCACCAUAAAUCAUCAUUGGGAAAAAGCUUGUCUUAACCCAAAUGUGGUACUUUGGGUCACCCUUAACAAGGCAUUCAACAAACAAGUUAGCUCAAGGCUAUUGGAAAUGUCGGAGAAGAUAUCAUGUGAAAGUGAGCUGAGUCUCAAAGGGCGAUUGCUUAGUACGUUUUUGACCAUAGCUGAAAAAAUGGCAAGCUCCUCAGAGAUGAGUAAAGAUGAAUGGCGAAUCAUCUUUGGCUUGUCCACAUUUCAAGAACUUCUUACAAGAAGAUCAGAAUUUGGCUCAAGAGCAGGAUUCAGUCAAAUCAUUCGAUUCAAUGACAAAGACAUUGCUAUUGCAUUUGACAUUUAUCAGAAAAUGAAGCAUGUGAACGAAACGUUCAGCGUUCAGGAGUACACCCAACUGGUGGGCAAGUACAUAUAUGCCAAUCAAUUGGUCCACUUUGAGGAGAAGAACUUACUCAUGAACCAUCUCGAGGAGUGUAUCAAUGAAAACACCAUGAAGAUCAGUCGUUUUCCAAUGAGUUUGUGCAAAGAUACGGACCUGGUCAUGCCAAACUGUUCCACGCCCAAUGCCUUUGCUAACUUUAUAAAGAAUCUGCCUUUGAAAGUGGAGGAAAACGCUUUUAAUUUAUGCUCUGGAUUUGCUAACGAGCGGAAUUAUUCACAAGGAAGAAAGUUCUGGCAAAGUAUGAGUAGAAUAACUCAAGAAUCUCAACUUGGUGACGAUUCCAUGGUCAUUCAAAUACCAAUAAACCCGAGGAGAGAACCCAGUCAAAGUGGUCGUAAAAGAUUGAAUGAUCUUGUAUAUUCGCAUGGCCUUUUGGAGGCCAACAAUGAGCUCUCUUGGGAAAUAUUGGAACAAGCUGCAUUACUCGAAAUGAUUCAAUCAGACAGUGGAGUUGGUCGCUCAGACGAAGACCUCGAGCAACUGUCAGUUUUUUUACGGACUCACAGUGAAUCGCGAGAUUUACAUUUGUUGCUUGUCCCAUUAGACAUAAUGUUUUGUCCAGGCUUUGUCUUGGAUUGCUAUCGAAGGCAAUUGGGUUACGUUCAAACCAAUUCACAAAUCUUGGCAGAUCUUCAUUUCCAAGAUAGGACUUGUUGUCAAAUCGAGCCAGAAUUGGAAACCGUCACAUUUUCGGGCAUCUUUUUAAUUGGUGCUCAAUUAUCGAGUCAAAGCCAUCAAAUCGAGGCAGUUCGUUCUUCUGCAUCAAUCGGAGAACAUAAUGAAAUACCUAAGAUAAUUAUGACUCUCAGAACCCGAGAAAGUGCUGAACCGAGCUCAAGUCUCUGUUCAAUCCCGUUUUUCGUUGGAGACAACAUGGUGGCUCUCAUUGGUGUGAAGUCUUGCAUUUCAAGUGAUCACGCGAUGAAAUCUUCAGUAAGACUCACGGUUCUCCAUCAUUCAUGAGGUCUCUAGCAUUGCCAAUUAUCUAUUCUCAAUUUCUUUCGAAUAAAAAAACUGC